AUGUUGGAAAGACUGCAAUUAGUAACGCAUGGUGUUUCUUCACGGCUGGUUGAGAGGAUACAUUGCCAUUCUUCUCUCAGGCAAAACACAAUUGUAGCAUCAGAGAAUGAAAAUCCACCUUUAAUGCCGGCUAUCAUGACUCCCAGUGGCCCUCUUAAUCUGGCAACUGCAUUACUGGGAAAUCGUGUAAUCUUCAUAGGUCAAUAUAUUAACACCCAAGUCGCACAACGUGUAAUAUCACAUCUUGUCACGCUUGCUGCUAUUGAUGAAGAGGCUGAUAUUCUGAUCUAUCCGAACUGCCAUGGUGGAAAUCUCUAUUCCAUCUUAGCGAUUUACGAUUGCAUGUCCUGGAUAAAACCCAAAGUUGGGACAGUGUGUUUUGGUGUUGUUGCUAGUCAAGCAGCACUCAUUCUUGCUGGUGGUGAGAAGGGAAUGCGCUAUGCAAUGCCAAAUGCUAGAGUAAUGAUUCAUCAACCUCAAGGCGGAUCAGAGGGUAAUGUGGAGGAGGUGAGGCGACAAGUUGGAGAAACCAUUUAUGCUCGUGAUAAAGUAGAUAAAAUGUUUGCUGCUUUCACUGGGCAACCAUUGGAUAUGGUGCAAGAGUGGACAGAGAGGGAUCGGUUCAUGUCUUGUUCAGAGGCCAUGGAUUUUGGCCUAGUUGACGGCUUGCUCGAAACAAGAUACUAG